AGUACACAACUACACACCAUGACACCAACAACAAGCAAUAACAACAACACUACACAAAAGUAGUACACACUUUUUCCCCAUUUGUUUUGUUCACACACUGUCUCUGGUUUUUUCACUCACUCCCUUUCCGUUCCUCGCUCAUUCCCCAUAUAAAAAUCAACCACAACCCCUUUUUAUUUACUUCUUUCUCUUUAUAUACAAAUCAAUUUCUGUUAUUAGGGUUUGAAAUGUGGAGGGAGAAUGGAACACUCUGAAAUCGAUUUUGUUGCUGCUGUUUCCACCGCCGAAGAACCCCGAAGCGGUUCCGAGGAUCAUUCUCCACCGUCAGAUCUCAAUCAUACGGUUAAGGUUGAUGAUGAUGCGCUUGCUGUAGAGCUUCAUGAGAAGUUGGAUUUGAAGGUUGAAGAUGAAGAAGGGGGUGCUGAAAGUGAAGCUGAGGUUAAAGUUUCCGAGUUUAAAGACGGUGGAGAGUCUGUGAAGGAUGAAAAUGAAGAAUCUGUUGAAGAUGUAGUGUCUGUUAAGGGUGAAGAAAGGGUUGAUGGAGAUAGCAAGGGUUGGGAUACUAAUAGUUGGAAUGAGAAUGUGAAUGAAGAGCUUGGUGGUGGUAGAGAUGGUGCUGGUUAUGGUGAUGAUGGUUAUGGUGGUGGAUAUGGUUAUGGGGAUGGAGGUGAAAAGAAGGAAGAUGAUUAUGGUGGUGGUUAUGGGGAUGGAUAUGAUGCUGUUUAUGGUUAUGGUGAUGGAGUUGAAAAGAAGGAAGGUAACAACAGUGAUGGAAAUCAUCAGUUUCCUUUGAGGCCUGAAGCUGAAGAUUGUUCGUUUUAUAUGAAGACUGGAAGUUGCAAGUUUGGAACCAACUGCAAGUUUAAUCACCCCAUUAGGAGGAAAAACCAGGCUGGAAGGGAGAAGGUGCGAGAUAGAGAAGAACCUGCAGAGAACUCAGGCCAGACAGAAUGCAAGUAUUAUCAAAGGUCUGGGGGUUGUAAGUUUGGAAAAGCUUGUAAGUUCAACCACACAAGAGGGUAUGCAGCACCAAUUUCAGAACUUAACUUUCUCGGCUUACCUAUUCGUCUGGGAGAGAAAGAGUGCCCCUAUUACAUGCGUACUGGCUCUUGUAAGUUUGGAUCAAACUGUAGGUUUAAUCAUCCUGAUCCUACAACUGUGGGAGGAAGUGAUCCUCAAUCAGGAUAUGGUAAUGGAGGGUCUGUUCCAUUACGAGGUGUAUCCCAACAAUCUGCCUCUUCAUGGUCUUCUUCAUCAAGAAAGUUAAAUGAAGCACCUUAUGUGCCUAUGAUGAUUCCGCCUACUCAAGGACUUGCUCCUCAAAGUCCUGAUUGGAAUGGAUACCAGGCGCCUGUCUACUUAUCUGAGAGGAUCAUGCACCCAUCUUCUACAUACGUCAUGAACAACCCAACAAUUGAAACAAAUGUGUAUGUGCCUCCUCAAAAGCAGAUGCCAUUUGAAGUGUAUCCAGAAAGGCCUGGUGAACCUGAAUGCAGCUUCUUCUUAAAAACUGGUGAUUGCAAAUUCAAGUCUAAUUGUAAAUUUCACCACCCAAAGAAUAGGAUGGCAAGGUUGCCUCCUUGCAAUCUCAGUGACAAGGGUUUGCCUUUGAGACCUGACCAGAGUGUCUGCUCGCACUAUAGUCGUUAUGGAAUUUGCAAAUUUGGACCAGCUUGUAGAUUUGAUCACCCAGAAAGCGCACUUCCCUUGAUGAUGCCUGGACUCGGACAGCAAUCCUAUGUAAACCCGGCUAAUGCUCAGAUGGCUGGGAUGGGUGGAAGUGCUGGUGACGUGACAAUUCAGCAAUCUGUGUAAACAUCUUUGUGAAGGAUCUUCUAUCUUUUUGGAUACAGUCACCCUGAACAUGUAGUUUUCUUCCUAAACAUGAUACACUUAUUUAGCUUUUAUGGCUCUGUCCAAGGCAAAAUACAAGCUUUGCAGAGUAUAACUAUAUCUAUAUAUGUCAAACAGUUUUCUUAUGUAUUUAUUACAGGUUACCUAUGCAUCUGCAGAUUGAUUAUCUGUUAAA